AUGCCCACAUAUACGGAAUCAACGACACAAGUGGAAACGACAUCUACAGUUACAACUAGUACAGCAACAACUGUUCCGACAACCACGUCCACUACUACGUCGACAACGACCAUACCAACAACGACCACAACUCCGUUUUCUACAGGAUCAACGACGGCUACAACUAGCACAGCGACAGCUUCGACUACACUCAUGACAACAACAGCUUCAACUAUGGAAAAUCCUACCGACAACGACGACUUCUACUCAGACGACGCCGACAACUUCAUCGACCACGACUUCAACGUCUUCAACGCCCACAUCGACGACAUCCACGACAACAGUUCCUACCACAACAACAUCCGCAACGCCCACACCGACAACUUCAGGUACCACUCUUCCUCCAACAAUCAGUUUCACAUCGCCCUUGUCUACCUCGAUUAA